AUGGCCUUCAUGGCGGCGCUGGAGGCCGAUCUGCGCGCUCUCUCCGCUGAGGCACGCCGCCGCCACCCCGCUGUCAAAGACGCCGCCGAGCACGCUAUACUCAAGCUCCGAUCUCUAUCUGGCCCAAGUGAAAUAGCUCAAAAUGAAGAUAUACUGCGGAUGUUUCUGAUGGCAUGCAGUGUUAAAUCAGUGAAGUUGAGUGUCAUAGGACUAUCCUGUUUGCAAAAGCUUAUAUCACACGAUGCUGUUGCAUCAUCUGCGCUGAAGGAGAUACUAGCGACUUUGAAGGAUCACGCAGAGAUGACUGAUGAGAUUGUUCAACUAAAGACUUUGCAAACGAUGUUGAUUCUUUUUCAAUCGCAUCUACAUCCUGAAAGUGAGGAGAGCAUGUCACAAGCUCUUGGAAUAUGCCUUUACCUACUUGAAAGCAGUCGAUCUUCUGACAGUGUCCGCAAUACGGCAGCAGCUACGUUUAGACAAGCAGUGGCUUUGGUCUUUGAUAAUGUUAUUCGUGCUGAAUCACUUCCCUCCGGCAAAGCUUCUUCAGCAAGACUAGGUUCCCGUGUUAACUCUGUUGUGGAUAACGUCACUCAUAGCUUCAGUCACUCACUAUCGCUAGCAAGCAACUCUGGAGAUCCUACCAUGAGGGAGAAUUUGAGUGAUGUUGGAAAGCUCGGGCUCCGUCUUCUCGAAGACCUGACAGCUCUUGCUGCAGGUGGAUCUGCUACGUGGCUCCGUGUCUAUUCGCUGCAUAGAACAUUUGCCCUUGACAUACUUGAGUUUGUGCUAUCCACAUAUGUUGCUAUAUUCCAGGCAUUGUUAUCUUACCAGCAGGUUUUGCGUCAUCGAAUUUGCUCACUUCUCAUGACUUCACUCCGCACUAAUGUUGAGCUCGAGGGUGAAGCAGGGGAGCCUUCUUACCGUCGUUUAGUCCUCCGUCUGGUUUCUCAUGUCAUCAGGCUAUAUAGCUCUUCACUUGUUACUGAAAGUGAGGUUUUCCUUAAUAUGCUUGUAAAAGUUACCCGUCAGGACUUACCAUUAUGGCAUCAGAUACUUGUCCUUGAAAUUUUAAGGGGUUUUUGUGUAGAAGUCUGCACUCUGCGCUUGCUGUUUCAGACAUUUGACUUGAAUCCUGUGAAUACCAAUGUCGUGGAGAACAUAGUUAGAGCACUUGCUUUGGUGGUAGCUUCAAUUCAGGCUUCAGAUUCAAGCGAAGAAACUCUAGCAGCUGUUGGUGGAAUGUUCAGUAGUAAAGCUAAAGGGAUUGAGUGGAGUAUGGAUAAUGAUGCAUCAAAUGCUGCUGUUUUGGUUGCUAGUGAAGCACAUACUAUCACUCUGGCCCUUGAAGGUCUCUUAGGUGUAGUUUUCACUAUUGCCACUUUGACUGAUGAAGCUCUAGAUGUUGGUGAGCUUGAAUCACCGAAAUGUGAAUCAAAUAGUAUGGAAUGUAGUGGACAGUUGGCCCUUCUUUGUAUGGCUAUGGUCAAUUCAACAUGGUUAACCAUCCUUGACUCUCUGUCACUUAUUUUGAUGAGGUCACAGGGGGAAGCUAUAAUAUUAGAGAUAUUGAAAGGAUACCAAGCAUUCUCUCAGGCUUGUGGAGUUCUCCGUGCUAUAGAGCCCUUAAACUCUUUCCUAGCAUCACUUUGCAAGUUUGCAAUCAACAAUCCAAACGACGGAGAGAAGAAAAGCAUCUUGCAAUCUCCUGGAUCAAAGAGGUCAGAAACUUCAAUGGAUCAGCGUGAUAGUAUUAUUCUCACACCAAAAAAUGUUCAGGCACUAAGGACACUUUUUAAUGUUGCACAUCGAUUACACAAUGCCCUUGGUCCUUCCUGGGUUCUGGUAUUGGAGACUCUUUCAGCACUUGAUAGAGCUAUUCAUUCUCCACAUGCUUCAACUCAGGAAGUAUCAGCUUCUGUUUCAAGACUUUCAAGAGAUACAUCGGGACAGUACAGUGAUUUCCAUAUUCUCUCUUCUUUAAAUUCUCAGUUGUUUGAAAGUUCAGCCUUGAUGAACAUAGCUGCGGUGAAGUCACUUCUGUCUGCAUUGCACCAAUUGUCAAGUCAGCACAUAUCUGGAAGCUCUCAAUUGUCUGUCCAGCAGAUCGGAAGCAUUUCAUUUUCAGUGGAGCGCAUGACAACGAUUCUCGUCAAUAAUCUGCAUCGAGUUGAACCGAUAUGGGAUCAAAUUGCUGCUCAUCAUCUUGAGCUUGCGAAUUGCUCUAACCCACAAUUACAUAGUAUGGCACUGGAUUCAUUGGAUCAAUCGAUUUGUUCGGUAGUGGGUUCUGAAAAAUUUCAGGGCAUCAGCUCAGCACCUCAUCAGUUUCAAGAAAGCCAUUUGGUCAAAGAAAGUGAAACUGUAUCAUUUGAGUAUGCAGUUUUAUCUCCAUUGGUGAUCCUCUAUUCCUCCAACAAGAAUGUUGAUAUACAAAUGGGUGCACUAAAGAUUCUUUUGCAUGUUCUCGAGAGACAUGGAGAAAAGUUGUCGUAUUGCUGGCCCAGCAUUCUUCAUAUGUUAAGGGCGGUUACCGAUGCAUCAGAAAAAGACCUCAUCUCCUUAGGCUUUCAGAGCAUACGUGUAAUAAUGAAUGAAGGACUGGCAACAAUCCCUGUACAAUGCCUUCAUGAAUGCAUUUUGGUAACUGGAGCAUAUGGUACUCAGAAAACUGAUAUAAACAUAAGUUUAACAUCAGUUGGACUUUUGUGGACUGCUACUGAUUUUAUUGUGAAGGGAUUAAUCAGCAAGCCUAUUGAGCAAGCUAGUCACAUGAAUGAUGAUGUUCAGUCAGGUGGAACGAUUAAAGAGGCAAACAGCAAGCAAGUUCCUCCAAAACAAAUAGUUGACUACAGUAUGCUUUUCUUUUCAGUUUUCUCUGUCCUCCAGAAAUUGGGUUCAGAUGAUCGUCCUGAGGUUCGAAACUCGGCCGUUAGGACUCUCUUUCAGACUCUCAGCACUCAUGGACAAAAGCUUUCUAAAAGUAUGUGGGAGGAUUGUCUUUGGUUAUAUGUUUUCCCUAUGUUAGAGCAUGUUUCCCACUUGGCAUCUACCUCAUCUCGAGAUGAGUGGCAAGGGAAGGAACUAGGAACUCGGGCAGGCAAAGCUGUUCAUAUGCUUAUCCAUCACAGUCGAAAUACAGCACAAAAGCAAUGGGAUGAAACUAUCGUUCUUGUACUUGGUGGUUGGGUGCUUUUACUCGAUUUUAUAAAAAAUAGCAUCUUAAACGGUAGCAAGGAGGUUGCUCUUGCUGCCAUAAAUUGCUUGCAGACGUUUGUCGGCGCAAACUGUCCAAAGGGCAAUCUGGAAUCCUCGUAUGUCAAAUCUGUUCUCGAUAUUUAUGAACUUGUUCUUCAAACUUCACCUAAUUUUAAGAAUGAUUCCACUGAUAAAGUGAAGCAAGAGGUUCUCCGUGGUCUUGGUGAUCUUUAUGUCCAAGCACAAUCUCUGUUUAAUGGUGACAUGUAUCUAAGGCUUAUGGCAAUUAUGCAUCUGAUGAUCAAGACUACCUUGAAUCCUACUGAUUAUGAUAGUGAACUGGGUAGUAUUCCUGCUGUACAACGAGGCAUAUUGGAAAUCAUUCCUAUGCUACGCCCAACAGCUGUAUUGUCUUCCAUGUGGACACCUCUCCUCCUUGAGCUGUUAUGCUAUCUUAAUGGGCACGAAGGCCCCCUCCAGAAAAAUAGUAAACAAAUACAUGAUCGGAAUUCUCAAGCGCUGGUAGACAGUGCAAAGCAGUCUCUUGUUGAAAGAAGCAAUCUCAAUGGCGGGGGUACAAAACUGGAUAUGGUGGGAUCUGGUUGGGGUAUUCUAUUUGUAGAAAAACUUGUGCCAAUCAUUGUCAACCUUUUUUUGGAGGCUCCAUCAAAUGAAAGGUUUAGUGCCUCUCCUGAAGUCAUCCAAGGUCUUGGAAGGUGCAUGAAUACAAGGAGAGACAACCCAAGGGGUACCCUUUGGAGAAUAUCUGCUGAAUGCUUCAAUCGUGUUGUGACAGAUGAGGUGAGGCAGGACAAUGCUGAUUGCAAAAGUGAUGUGAAUUCAUAUAAACUUUCUAGAGCUCGUUUCUGGAAGGAGGUCGCAGAUGUGUAUGAAACCUUUCUUGUUGGUUCUUGUGGACGCGUGUUGUCAUCAGAUGUUUCUUCAGCCGACUAUAUUACAGCUGAUGAGACCCUUGAGAUGAGUGUCCUCACUGUCUUUGGAGAUGAUAUUCUGAAAUUGCAAAAGGAUGCUCCAGUUGAGGUUUUGCAAAGGCUUGUGAACUGUCUUGAUCACUGUGCCUCACGAACAGGAUCGCUAUCUGUUCAAACUGUUGGCCUUUUACCUGUACACUGUAGCAGAUUUUCGCUGAGCUGUUUGCAGAUGAUGUUUUCUUUAUGCAGUUGUAUAGCAAAGGCAACCUUGUGUGCUGCAGCAUCAGAAACCAGCAAAGUUUCAAUUUCCAUUCUUAUGAAGCGAUGUGAGAUUAUACUGGGUCAAUUUUUAGCUGAUGAAAAUGAUCUAGGAGAACAUCCUUUGCCUAGUGUGAGGGUUGAAGAAACGAUAUGUGUUCUUCAAGAGCUUGCUAGACUAAUUAUAGACAUCGAUGCAGCUAAUGCUCUCAACAUACCUCCAUAUCUGAAACAAGCUUUGGGGGAAAACAAAUCCCAUGGACGGGCUCAUUUAUUGUCCUUGCUUCCCACUGUUUCUGAGCUUGUUGUCUCAAGGCCGUUUAUCAUAACCAGCAACUUGUGUUUCCCCAUGCUGGAUUAG